UGUAAGUAUUUUGGGUGGUUUACGUUAAUUCGAAAUAAAAAUUGCCGUGGUGUAUUCAAAAAUCGUUCGAAAUCGAACGAUUACGCUCAACAUCUGCUCAUAAUUAUGUGGAUCGUAGAGGCAUUAAGGAAGCCAUCUUGCUUUUUAACACCGUCCAACGGAUGUAAACAGAAAAACUGUAACGGAUUGAAGUUUAAAAAAGUAAAUAAUCAUGGCUGGAACAGAAGCGGUUGGAGACUUACUUUCUCGUUGGUCUUAUGUUGUACAUACACCCAGCGAGGAACCCGAACCAUCAGAGUUACCCAGCACCGUGGACAUGGCUGCUUUCAGCUCUGAAUUAAACACAACACCUCCAAAUAGCACCCAAGUUGAGGAAUCAUCAGAUUCUGAAAGUGAUUCAGACUCAGACACAAAUAACUCUGGUAGUGAUGAAUCGGAAUCGUCGUCACACUCCGACUCGUCAAAUUCAGACACUUCAACAUCAAGUCAAGACUCAAAUUCGAGACCACCAUCCCCGGAAUUCUCGGUGACGAGUACCCAAGCAAACAGCCUGCGCUUAACCAUCAGUAAAGCUUGUACGAGUCCUACCGAGAAACCAAAACCAUCCGAAACAAAGAUUUUGUCGGCGAAGUGUCGUUCGUUAUCGAGUAGUAGUGAUUCCGAUAGUGACUCGGAUAAAAGUGACGCUUCACCAGCCGUUUGUAAUAAAGAAACGGUUCCAAAACGGCCCCAACCAGUGCGGAAGUUACGGUCGCGACCCCCCGAACCUCCUCCUCCUCCGAGUAAUGUAAAAAAAGUUGGUGUUAAAAAGGAUCUUGGGACUGUAAAUAAUAAAAAGGAGAAUGUUGCUGCUAAGAAAGUUAAGGGAAAAGGUGGAAAUAAGGUAAGAAUUAUUUUAUUUGAUUUAUUUUUAUUGACUCAUAGACAUCACGACGCCUUUUAA